AUGUCAAAACGAGCCGGAAAAUUGGGCGAUAAUAACAUAGAUGAGGUGCAAGAUUGGGAGAAUCACAUAAUUCUGCGAGUUCCGGAGGAUUGUGUGGAUAGGCUCAACAAAAUCGCCCUCGACGAAGCGCAAAAAGGCGAAGAAGUUGCGAUAAAUGUGUUGCCGGAUUUGCGGCACGCUCAAAUUCGCCUAGGAAAUCGCAUCCUUUCCGGAAAAUUCAUGGAUCUACCAUGUGUCAAUGAGGUCUAUAAGACUUUGGACAAGAAAAAUGUGUAUAAAGUGGCGGAUUUGAAUCAGAUUUUGGUGUGUAGUCAUGAUGUUGUGAAUCCGAAUUUGGCUUCGACUUCGACUUCGAGCAAUUCAACGAGUUCUGCAGCUGCAAAUGAUCCAAAUGAUGCGAAAAUCGCGAAAAAAGUGAGUUUUUUAUCAAAAUUCAUGAUUUUUAGCCCAAAAAACCCUGAAAAUCCCAAAUUUCCACCCCAGGAAGCCCGCCAAUGGCAUUAUCCACAUGGCCUAACUCCACCAAUGAAAUCGGCCAGGCGUAGACGAUUUCGAAAAACGAAAAAGAAAAAGUAUAUGGAUGCACCGGAGGUGGAGAAAGAGUUGAAGAAAUUGUUGCGAGCAGAUUUGGAGGCGGAUAGUGUGAGAUGGGAAAUUGUGGAGGAUAAGAAGAAUGUGAGUCGAUUUUUAGCAUUUUUUAGGCUCGGAAAUGGAAAUUUUGACGUUUUUUGGUCUAGAAACGCUGAAAAUUGACCUAGAAAUGUGAUUUUUGCAUUUUUUAGGCUCGGAAAUGGAAAUUUUGAUGUUUUUUGGUCUAGAAACGCUGAAAAAUGGCCUAUAAACAUGCUUUUUGGUUUUCUAGGCCAUGAUUUGAAAUACUAGGCCAUUUCUAGAUCUAGAAACGCUGAAAAAUGACCUAGAAACGUGAUUUUUGGUUUUCUAGGCCAUGAUUUGGAAUCCUAGGCUAUAUUCAACCUAGAAAAUCAAAAAAAUAGCCUAGAAAUUCAAAAAAUGACCUAGAAAUGUGUUUUUUGGUUUUCUAGGCCAUGAUUUGGAAUUCUAGGCCAUUUUUAACCUAGAAAAUCAAAAAAAUAGCCUAGAAAUCAAAAAAAUGACCUAGAAAUGUGUUUUUUGGGUUUCUAGGCCAUUUCUAAACAUUUCUUGAUCUAGAAACGCUGAAAAAUGACCUAGAAACAUGAUUUUUGGUUUUCUAGGCCAUAAUUUGGAAUCCUAGGCCAUUUCUGAACAUUUCUUGAUCUAGAAUCCUGAAAACUGGCCUAGAAAUGCGAUUUUUGGUUUUCUAGGCCAUAAUUUGGAAUCCUAGGCUAUUUUUAACCUAGAAAAUCAAAAAAAUGACCUAGAAAUCCGAAAAAAUGGCCUAGAAACAUGAUUUUUGGUUUUCUAGGCCAUAUUUAACCUAGAAAAUCAAAAAAAAUAGCCUAGAAAUCCGGAAAAAUGACCUAUAAACAUGAUUUUUGGUUUUCUAGGCCAUGAUUUGGAAUCCUAGGCUAUUUCUAAACAUUUAUUGGUCUGGAAAUAUGAAAACUGACCUAGAAACUAUGAUUUUUAGGUUUUCUAGUCCAUGAUUUGGAAUCCUAGGCCAUUUUCAACCUAGAAAUCAAAAAAAUGGCCUAGAAAUGUGAUUUUUGGGUUUCUAGGCCAUAUUUAGACUCAAAAUUUGUGAAAUUCUCCCAAUUUUUUCAGAUUUCCCAGUCAAAAUUCCCGAAAAUCCCCAAAUUUUUCCAGGAAUCAGCUCAAGUCAAAGAGGAAAACAUCACCGAAACCGCACUUUUUGGAGAUAAUGUAUCUUCCAGUGAGGAAGAAGAGGAUGAAUAA